GCAUUUGAGCGCAGCGCAGGACACGAUAGCCGAGAGACUGAGCGAUGGGAUGACGAAUUUGUAGGGACGAACGUGCAACCUCGGCUCGAUGUCGAAGCAAUGCGCGGAGCUCGGGUGGCCCGGUGGCCUGCACCGCAGGGCAAUGCAGCCGGUCAGGGCCUGGAAAGCACGGAAAAGUCCCGUGCCCCAACAAACCGCAUGAGACGGGCGCGCAAAAUGAUAAACAAGAGCGGAAGGCCACCACGUGGACUCUGCAUCACUGCUCGUCGAUCGAAUGCUCUUGGUGUGCUGCUCUGAUUAGUGCUUUUCUCUUUUCAGAUGGAAAGGCUCGAAGCGUAAUGCGAUUCCCUGUCAUCUUCUCCGAUGCCGAUGUCCUUGGCAGGCGGAAGCGUACCGAUGCAAUGUACAUCGGAGUGUUGCGGAGCGGGGCUGGGGCGCUUCGGCCCUGCGGUAAAAGACCUUCAGGGGCACCGAGGUGUCUGCGGGCCCCACCCGCGCGGCCCACCGUGAGCUCACUUCAUGAAGGUCAGACUCUCGUCACCGGCACUUGCCCCAUGUGGACGAUCUAGCCUGUAUGCGGACACGAUCGGACAGAAUCGGCUAAAGUCGUAGGCCGAGGGACUUCGUCUGACACACGGCCUUUCGGCGUACUGGAUUUCGGAAAGAAAAGGAAAGGCCACCUUCCAGAAAAGCUCCUUUUGCAGGGAAGGCGACAAAGUUCUCGAAAGAAAAGAGGGGCGAUGUUUCAACUUAUGCCGUGACAGAAAUGCUCGACUGGCCAGGCGCGGAAUCGACCGUGGGAUAUAGUACGACGGAGUCGCAGACAAGGAGUGCUAGAUUCCGAGUCGUGGCAAGCAAACUCGGCGAUCGGCACGCCAUGAAGGAAAUGAGUCCGUGCGAUGUGGAGGUGCUGAAGAGGUGCUUGGAAGAGAAUCAAGGUCAGGCUGAGAAAUGCCGGGAGCACAUCGCGGCCUUUCAGAGUACUUGCUCUCGAUCCCCUGGCACAACUCCGACUCCAGCUCCUGCUUCGUCCCCAUCUUCUCUCCCACGUGACAAGAUUUCCCCCUCCUCACCUUUAGGUUAAUAAUUCCCUCACCAAUGCUGCAGACCCGUGUGGACAAUCGACACGGUCGCAAUCUGUUCCGAGCCGUGUCAGUUUAAUUUCUCGAGAAUCCUUCGACGGAGAUUGGCCUAGGGAAGGUCUAGAUUUUGCUCUUAUUUGGGACUUCCUUACACACUCGGCAUAUCCCGUGGAAGUCCUUUGGGGUUCUCGGUCCUAGGGUUGGUAGCAGGAAUCAGAUGCAACAGCAAACGGCGCCUACAUCACGAUACUGUCUGUCGUAUCAGUAUCCAGUCUACUCAUAGAUAUAAAAUCUAAUUUCUCUUUCUAAGUGCUUCGCUG